AUGCAAUCAUUUGAAGGCUUAAUCGGACCGCCGGAGUCGAAGCCAAUGAAUAUUGUGGGCUGUGGUGGCAAUGAGACCGGAAUCGGGGGUAUUCUCGUAUCGCCCAACUAUCCCGGUCCAUUUCCCCGAACAAUAGACUGCGUUUGGCUCAUAAGAGUGCAACAGAAUCAACACAUUUAUGUACGAAUGGUUGAGCUCCAGCUCUUCGGUAGUAUUGCCUAUUGCAAAGACGCUCAAUUAGCUAUAUAUGAUGGCUUCGAGAGUCUGGAGUUUGAUCCAAAGAAACCAAAGCAAUAUUGCGGUGAUCUUACAUACUAUAAGAACGUUGAAGACAAAGUCCUGAUGUCAACCAGUAAUCGAUUAUUAAUACGAUUCAAGAGUGAUAUAACGUCAUCGCAUUGGAGCGAUCAGGUCUCCAGAAAUCCCAUCACUGGAUUCAAACUCAUUUGGACGGCCGUAGAAUUUAAAUCCUCCGGUGAAUGCAAAGCCUUUACGUGUACUGGAAGUGAGUUUUGUAUGAAACCCCAGAAAUUUGGUCGCAAUUGUGAAGAAUACCACUCAUUCUGUAUCGAUAGUAGUCUUCAAUGCAAUGGAGUUCCCAAUUGUAGUGAACAAGACUUUACAGAUGAAGACAAAUGUAAUGUAUCCCUAUUUGUGGGCGCGAGUACUGGAAUAGGACUGACAAUAAUAGUGAUUGUGAUCUGCUUUUGCUGUUGUCGUCGGCGAAACAUUGAGACCAAUACGAGUCGCAAAGACGAGUCGGUAAUUGGUUUGAAUCGCGAGGAAUCGAGUCUGCAGUCGAGACACUCGGAGCUGUCAGAGCAAAGUGCUUACUAUGCAAUGCGUCCGAUCGGCGACUACUAUACGCCACAAACCGACGCUCAUGUGAUCAACUGUUCAGUUCACGGGCCCAGACAUGUGCCCGAAGUUUUGACACAAAAUCACUCCUCCGGACCGCACCAAAGAGUGGAUCUCAUAAAUAAACUCAAUUACAUUCCCACUGAUGUUUGACAUAGUUUUUUAAGACUCAAAAACCGAAUCAAACUAUAAAUAUAUAUUUGA